CCUUGUGUGUGCUGCUGGCCACUUCUCGCCAUGUCUUCUCACAAGACUUUCAGGAUCAAGCGAUUCCUUGCCAAGAAACAAAAGCAGAAUCGUCCCAUUCCCCCGUGGGUUCAGAUGAAAACUGGUAAUAAAAUCAGAUACAACUCCAAGAGGCAGAAUUGGAGAAGAAUGAAGCUGGGCCUGUAAGGGAUCGAACAGGAGAUGGCACACGUUUAUGCUGCCUGAAAGUCAGGUGUUUCUAUUCCAUCCCUCCCUACUGCCUGACCAGUAGAUCUGUUUUAUCAGGAAAUUGACUUUUCUCUGUUACGAUGCUUCUGCACCUGUAGGUUGGUUCAGUAAUAAAUAUGUGAGACCUUUU